CUUGCAGGGAGCAGCAACCUGGCUGGGGUGAGGCACAUCCUGCUGGUGCUGUCCGGGAAGGGCGGAGUGGGGAAGAGCACCAUCUCCACCGAGCUGGCCCUGGCACUGAGGCACCACGGGAAGAGGGUGGGGAUCCUGGACGUGGACCUGUGCGGCCCCAGCAUCCCUCGCAUGUUCAGGGUGCAGGACAGUGCUGUGCACCAGUGUGACAGUGGUUGGGUCCCUGUCUUUGUGGGCCAGGACAAGGGAAUCUCCCUCAUGUCCAUCGGUUUCCUGCUGGAGCGGCCGGAUGAUGCCGUAGUGUGGAGAGGACCCAAGAAAAAUGCUUUGAUCAAACAGUUUGUCACUGACGUGGCCUGGGGGGACCUGGACUUCCUCAUCGUGGACACACCACCAGGCACAUCCGAUGAGCACAUCUCCACAGUGGAGGCCUUGAGGCCCUACAAGCUGCUUGGAGCAAUUCUGGUCACAACACCCCAGGCUGUGUCCGUUGGGGAUGUGAGGAGGGAGCUGACCUUCUGUAAGAAGACAGGCUUGCAGGUCCUUGGGGUCGUGGAGAACAUGAGUGGCUUUGUCUGCCCACACUGUGCUGAGUGCACAAAUAUCUUCUCCAAAGGGGGAGGGGAGGAGCUGGCCAAGCACGCUGGUGUUCCCUUCCUAGGCUGUGUUCCCCUGGACCCUCAGCUCAGCCAGAGCUUGGAGGAAGGCAGAGACUUCAUCCAAGAGUUUCCCAAGAGCUCUACCUUCAAUGCCUUGGCUCACAUUGCCCAGCAGAUCUUGGACACCUCACAGCAGAGCUCCUGA